AUGUCCACAAAGCUUCUAUCUUUUCAUUCCAUUCUCAUCAUGUUUUUCUCUUCACUUUUAAGUCUCUCUACCAUCCAAGUUUAUGGCAUUCUCAUUUUUUCUUCCUUUGCUUAUGCUGCCACUAAUUCUACACAACAUCAAGGUAGUGGUGAAGAAGCAUUUGCUCUAUUAAAUUGGAAAACCAACCUUGACAACCAAAGCCAAGCUUCAUUAUCUUCUUGGAAAACCCUUUCAAGUCCUUGCAAAUGGGAAGGAAUUACUUGUGAUGAAAAAACCAAAUUUGUGACAGUUAUAAAUGUUACAAACUUUGGUCUUAAAGGUACUCUUUCAAGUCUCAACUUGUCAUCUUUUCCUAUGCUUCAAGUUUUGGAUAUGAGUAACAACUCAUUUCAUGGAAAUAUUCCACAUCAAAUUGGUAACUUAUCCAAAAUUUCUAUACUAAAAAUGAAUCAUAAUCUUUUCAAUGGUUCCAUUCCUUCAACAGUUGGAAUGUUGAUGAAUCUUGUUGACCUUGAUUUAUCAGCCAAUUAUCUCUCCGGCGAAAUCCCUUCAUUAAAAAACUUGAUGAAGUUAGAAAAACUUGUUCUAUACGGAAACUCUCUUUCUGGACCGAUUCCUAUUGAGUUAGGCACGAUCUCUUCUCUUCGAACUAUCAAAUUGUUAAAGAACAAUUUUUCCGGUCGAAUUCCAUUUUCGAUAGGAAACUUGGUGAAUUUGAGGACACUUCAGCUUAGUGAGAAUCAUCUCCAUGGAUCAAUUCCUUCAUCUAUUGGAAACUUGACAAAACUCAUUGAAUUGUCAUUUUCUGAUAACCAACUUUCUGGAUCAAUUCCUUCUUCAAUAGGAAACUUGAUCAAUCUAGAAAGACUUGCUUUUUCACAAAAUCAUCUUUCUGGUCCUAUUCCUUCUACAUUUGGAAAUUUGACCAAACUAACCUUUCUAUUACUUUACAAUAACAAACUCAAUGGUAGCAUUGCAGAAUCAAUGAAAAAUAUUACCAAUUUGCAAAGUUUACAACUAAGUUCAAAUGAUUUCACUGGCCAUUUGCCACAUGGUAUUUGCCUUGGUGGUUUGCUGAGAAAUUUUUCGGCUAAUCACAAUCAUUUCAGUGGCUUUGUUCCAAGAAGCUUGAAGAAUUGCUCAACCCUUCUUAGACUCAACCUCGCGGAAAAUAUGUUUAUAGGAAAUAUUUCAGAUGAUUUUGGUGUUUAUCCAAAUUUGAGCUACAUUGAUUUGAGUCACAAUCAUUUUUAUGGCGAAAUUUCGCCGAAUUUGGUGAAAAGUCAUAAUCUAAUUGGCCUGUUGAUCUCGCAUAACAAAUUAUCCGGUGCUAUACCUUCGGAAUUAGGUCAAUCAUCUCGGUUACAAUUGCUUCAACUCUCUUCAAAUCAUCUAACAGGAAAAAUUCCUAAAGAGCUUUGUAACUUGACUUCAUUGUUUCAACUCUCCAUGAGUAACAAUGAACUUUCUGGAAAGAUUCCUGCAGAAAUAGGAUCCAUGCAAGGACUUAGCAUCUUGAAUCUUGCAGCAAAUAAACUAAGUGGCUCAAUUCCAAAGCAAAUUGGAAAGCUUCACAAAUUAGUUCAACUGAAUUUGAGCAAUAAUGAGUUCAUGACCAUUCCACAUGAAUUUAACAGGUUGCAAUCUCUUGAAAAUCUUGAUCUUGAUGGAAAUUCGUUAAGCGGAGAAAUACCUGAAUCACUUGGAAAGUUGCAAAGGUUGAACACAUUGAACAUCUCUCACAAUAAGUUCCAUGGAAUCGUUCCGUCUAGUUUUGAGUAUUUGAUAAGCUUGACAAUUGUUGAUAUAUCUUAUAACCGAUUAGAGGGUUCGAUUCCUAACAACCAAGCAUUUCUUAAUGCGCCGUUUGAAUCAUUGAGAAACAAUAAAGGCUUGUGUGGUAAUGCUUCAGGCUUGGAUCCUUGCAUAAAUGGUAAACACAAAAGUGUGAUAUUGUCACUAUCUGUUACUUUGAGUAUUCUAUUUGUUUUUGUGUUCUUGUUUGGUGGUUCUUUGUAUAUUCAUUUGAAAAAUGCAAGAACAAUUCAAAAGCAAGCUAGAGAAGAACCAGAACAAAUUCAUGAUGUUUUUUCCAUAUGGAGUUAUGAUGGAAAAAUGGUUUACGAAAAUAUCAUCGAAGCAACCGAGGAUUUCAAUGAGAAAUAUCUUAUUGGUGAAGGCGGUUCUGGUUCGGUUUACAAAGCUAAUUUACCCUCAAGACAAGUUGUUGCUGUGAAAAAACUUCAUGCUGAAAUUGACAGUGAAAUGCAUAACUUCAAGGCUUUUACGAACGAGGUUAAAGCAUUGACACAAAUCAAACAUCGCAACAUUGUGAAGUUACAUGGAUUUUGCUCGCAUACGCGCCACUCUUUUGUGGUGUACGAGUACCUUGAAGGAGGGAGCUUGGAUAAUGUGUUGAGAAAUGAUACACAAGUAACAAUGUUUGAUUGGAAAAAGAGAGUGAAUGUUGUUAAGGGUGUGACAAAUGCUCUUUAUUAUAUGCACCAUGGUUGCUUUCCGCCUAUUGUUCAUCGCGACAUAUCGAGCAAAAAUGUUCUUUUAGAUUUAGAUUAUGAAGCUUAUAUCUCAGACUUCGGAACAGCCAAGAUUUUGAAUCUUGACUCGCAUAACUCAACAACAUUCGCAGGCACGUAUGGUUAUGCAGCGCCAGAGCUUGCGUAUACGAAUGUAGUGAAUGAGAAAUGUGAUGUGUUUAGUUUCGGAGUGCUGUGUUUGGAAAUAAUAAUGGGAAUGCAUCCUGGAGAUCUUAUUUCGACGUUGUUUUCAUCAUCCGAGGAACCAAUAGCUCAUGGUUUGCUACUGAAAGAUGUAUUAGACCAAAGACUUCCUCUUCCCGAAAAUUCAAUCGCUAAGGAUGUGAUCUUGGUUGCAAAAUUGGCGUUUGCUUGCUUGACUGAAAAUCCACGUUCUCGACCGAGUAUGAAACAAGUGUACAACAUGUUUGUGAUGCCAAAAUUACAAUCAAUGGAGACAUUCCGCAUCAUCACACUUGGCCAACUGUUGAAUUAG